GUUUGAAAGCGCGGCGUCUGCAGCAUAAUUAAACAUGGCGGAUUCUGAGGAAUUUAGACUCAAACGUUUAAAGGGUCUUCAUGGGAUCAUUGCUGGAGGCAGUAUAUGUAACAGCAGGGGCACCUGGUGGUCAGAUGAACAUACAACAGAGCAGAAGAUACUGUGUGCAGCAGUUAGUCCAGUAGAUCUGUUUCACUGCACAUGAUCACAUCAUAAUAGGAAUGCAGAGCAUGAGGAGCACCUGUCCCGAGUGUUUGAUGAAGUGAUGGGACUGGGAAACUUCGCUGAAUCUUCCAGGGGUUCUGGUACCUCUUCUAAGAGUGGCGGUCAGGAUGAGACGAAGGAACGAGAUGAAACUUCAGAACAAGGGGUAAUCCAGCAGGUGGAGGAGGACAGCAGCAGCAGUAGACAUGAAGAAAAGAUGGACACAGGAGCUGGAGAGGCUUUCCUUCCUCCCGUUUCUUCCCCGGCCUCUGCCCAACAAGCCUCCUUCACCAUGGGAACUAAUAAAGGAGGAGGAGCUCGAGCAGUGUUUGACGACGCACUGGACGGCCUCCCCUCAUUCGGACCAGAGGAAGACGAUGAAGACUGGCACUUUGCCCUGCCAUUGGGCUCCUUGGAGGAUGUUGAUGUGGGUAAGACAAAUAGAAAACCAAGUCAGUCAGGAGAGGAGAACAGUGGAAAUCAGUGCGAUCAGGAAGAGGAGGAGCGAGAGAAGGAAGGAAGUAGUGGUUCCACCAACACCUCCCACUCCUCCCAGGAGCACACGCCUGACAAUAGCCAAGAUGGAGGCAUGAACCAAACUGAAGAGACAGAAGAUAGUCAGCAGGGAGAGAAAUCUGACACCGCUCCAGUUGAGGAUAGCGCUCCCCCAACGUUGCCUAAUGUCAACAUCAAAGAUGAACCUAUUGAUGAAGGGUACAAUGCUGCUUUACUGCCUCAGAGCUCCAUCCGGCAGAUCAAGGAGGAACUGGAGCAUCAGGAGGAAGAGCUGAGGAUAAGCUCUGUCUACUCUGUCGGAGGAUCAAACCCCUUUGUGUCCCCUACUUUACCAGUAGCCGGCCCAGCCUUGCCUCCAACUGCCUUUUUUAUCCCAGGUAGAGGCACUCUCCUACAAGCCGUGGCUUCUCUUCCUAUCAGACCACCAGCUCCAGUCCCAGCUUCGUUACCGCCUCUGGCACCAUUUCCCCCACGCCCACCUCAGCCUCCUGUUUCUGGUGGUGUCCGUUGUAGUGGCUGCUCUAAGGUUCUGCUAAAAGGCCAAACAGCCUUCCAGAGAAAAGGUUCGACGCAGCUCUUCUGUUCUACAGUGUGUCUGACAGGCCAUUUACCUCUAGCCAAGAUCAGAUCCUGUUACCAGUGCAACAGCGAAAUUUCCCAGGCCAAGGACAUGGUCACGUUUCUAGCAGGCGAUGGCAACUACAUCAGCUUUUGUGGCCAGUUCUGUCUGUCUGUGUUCAGGCACAAAAGGAGAAAUGCUGAGAAGAUUGUUGACCCGCGAUCGGAGCAGAAGCCAGAGAAGCCGCCUCAGACAUCAGUGGAUGAACCUCCUGAGAGACCCGCUUGCACUAUCUGCAAAGUCAGUAACAAGCUAAUUGAGCAUGAGGUCACGCACCAGGGCCGUCUGCAUAAGCUCUGUAGCGAUGCUUGUUUCCAAACAUGGCGUAAGUUACGUCAGUUGGCGCUGAACUGCUGUGAAGGCUGCGGACUUUAUUGUAAUAGCAACUCCUGUCAGACACUCAUGAUUGAAAGAUCCCAGCUCAACUUCUGUGGUCCUACGUGCAUUGGCACCUACAAACAGACCUCCAGAAAGUCAAUAGAGUGUGCCCACUGUCAGAAGACCGUGAUAGUGUCCUCCACCAUCAUGGAACGAGACCAAAAGGGGAAGGUCCAGCUUUACUGUUCAUCUUCCUGUGUGGGACAGAGUCGACCUCCCCGACACACCCUCCUUGGUGCUCCGUUCCCAUGCAGCCUGUGCAAGGUGAGCGCUGUUCCUCAGUAUCAUCUGGCCAUGGUGGAUGGCACCAUUCGUAACUUCUGCUCCUAUGACUGUGUUUCCGUCUACAGGAAGUCUGGGCAUCCCUCGCAUCCAGACUCGACCAGCAAAACCUCUUCUCCUCUCAGGGACCCCUCUAGCACAGAUCCCCCCAAACCAGGACCCACUGCUGGAUCCAACUCUGUCCCUCCCAUACCUCAGGACUACCCAUCCUCGGUACCUUACUCUGGUUAUCACCCCAGCCACAGCUCAGUACCUCCACUGGUUCCUCCCUCCUCAGCCACAUCCACACCCUCCACUCCAGGCCAAACCCAAGCCAGAGCAACCCCUGCCCAGCCCCCAAAGCCAGCAGAGGGUGGGGUCAGUGAUGCCUCCAAACUCACAUGUCAUCAGUGCAGUAAACAGUUCAACACGAAGCCUGUGUUGUUCAGUCACCAAGGUCGAAUGUUGAUGUUCUGCUGUAAGACGUGCUGUGAGCAGUAUAAAACCCAGAGGAACAUCCUAGCACAGUGCCAGUACUGUAAACAGGAGCGAGUGCAUUUUGACACCAUCAGCUACAACAAACAGGAUGUGGCAUUUUGCAGUGAACAGUGUAAACUACUCUUCAAACAAGAGCUGAUGUCUCGUAACAAGGACCAGCCCUGGCGUCCCUGCAGCUACUGCUACAGCAUUACCCAAAGGACGGUGCACAGCCACUAUGGAGGCAAGAUGGAGGAAUUCUGCAGACCUCAGUGCAUGUCCCAGUACACAGUAUUCUACUAUGGGAUGGGGCGGUGUGACAACUGUAAGAAGCAAAGCUACAUGACUGAGAAGCUGCAGUGUUUGGGCUCAGUCUGUAACUUUUGUAACCUCACCUGCCUGCUGCAGUACUGCUACCUGCAUUUUGAGACCAGUCAACACUCCAGUAGUAACGGAACAGGAUCGGCUCCACAGGAGCCACAUGCUCCAACUCAGCCCCACCACUCAUCAAAGAUGAACCCGGUCAUCGCUGAUGUCGUCUCACUGGCCAAUGGCUCAGCCACUCAGCCCAAUGUGUCAGCAGAUGCUUCUCUGACUGGAGCACUUCCAUCCUCCAACAUUGACAGCAAGAACCUUGAUCAUGCCAGUACUCAGACCGAUGCAAUGCGUGUGCCUCUGUCCCGUCGACGCCAAAUGAAGAACAAGUCGGUUCUGUGUCGGCCAUUUACUAUGGACCAAGAAAUCAUGUGUCAACUGCCUGCGCCUUCCACAGAGACUGCAGGUGGAGAGGACAACGUGAAGGUGGUGAUGGUGCCCGUCCCAGUACCCGUCUUCGUUCCAGUGCCCAUGAACAUGUACGCCCAGCACACACCUGUUCCACUGGCUGUGCUCGUGCCUGUCCCAGUACCUCUAGUAGUACCAUCGCAGACGAAAGAUGUGAAAGAUGCAGCCGUCCAAUCAGAGACCUUGGCUGUGAUGGGAGCAAAUCUGAAGGACCGGCCUCCGUCCAGUUCAGCUCAGAGCAGUUCUUAUAGUGAAAACAUGAACAGUGGAGAUGAGACUCAAAAAGCAGAGCAAUCCGACCCAAGAUUUACAGAGAGGGGCACAGAAUCAACUAAUCUCCAGCCAAAUGCACAGCAAGAGGGGAGCAAAGCAGGUGCCGAGCAGCCUCCGUCCUCUCCAGUGAUGGACCUGGAGGCCGACUUUCCAGUUGAAUCGUUAGGUCAGAGGUCGUCUGCUCCACAGCGAGGAGUGAAGAGGCCUAGAGAGGUUUUCUCCAUCCGCAAACGGGGUCGAAGGCGGACCGGUUCUCCGGACCUCGGUCCAGCGGCUCCGGCCCCUUCCAAGCUGAACCACCUGUACGGAGUCAAAGCCUGGAGGAGCUGGGUCCGGCAGCGCAGCGAGCGCCCACCAGAAUCCGACGCGGUGCGUUUCAACGAAGACGUCCUUCAGUGCGACUCUGCUGAGCUGAGCUCCGCUUUGUCGCGCUUCGUCAAAGAAGUGAGGCGGCCGAAUGGGGACAGCUACAGCCCAGACGGCGUCUUCUACCUGUGUCUGGGCAUACAGCAGUUUCUGUUUAUGAAGGGUCGAAUAGAAAACAUCUUCACUGACCCGCUCUACAGUCAGUUUUCUACUGAGAUCACUGGGAUGCUGCAACUCUGGAAGCCUAAACUACUGCCUAAUGGCGCCGUUGUUCCCUCCCGUGUUAAAGAGUCGUACCUGUGGGAGUGUAAGCAGCUGGGAGCCUACUCGCCCAUAGUGUUGCUCAACACGCUGCUGUUCUUCUGCACCAAACACUUCCACCUCACCACACUGGCACAACACCAGGACCUCUCCUUCGCCAACCUCACCCGAUGCUCCAAAUCCAAAGUUCACUGCGUCCGACACCACAGGGCGAGCACUGUCACGCCUCGCAAGGAGGAGACAGAACGAUUGAGAAGGAGGCAAGGAGAUCUGGAGAUGCUGGAAAACGUCACCAACCCCCUCCAGUGUCCCGUCAGGCUCUAUGAGUUCUACCUCUCCAGAUGCCCACAGACGGCAAAGGAGCGGAGCAACGUGUUCUACCUCCAGCCUGAGGAGGACGUCCACACAGACAGUUCCUACUGGUAUACGUCUCAGCCGUUAGAGGACAGCACUCUACAGAGCAUGCUCACACGCAUCCUGGCCGUCAGAGACGUUCCCCAGGAGCAGGAGGCAGCUCAGCAUCAGUCCACCGACGCGUAGUGAUAUAUACCACCACCAAAACCAAUAUCACCAGCAGCCUGCACCACAUCUACCCCUGAAUGCUUCCUCAUCAGUCUGCCAGGUCUUUGACAUGAGGCACUCACAUUCAGGCCAUGAGAUUUUGAGCUCUGAUGAAAUGAGACUUAGAAAUUUUUAAAACCUGGGCUCUAGGAUACUUCUUCCCACAUAUGAAUCAAGGAUAGACUGUGAAUGUUAAAGUCCUCAUUUCUAACACUUGGCAUUUCUGUGUCAUGUGUGUCACAUCGGACUUAUUUAUCCCCAUAACUUAACGUUUUCAGUAAACAAACUUUCAUAAUAAUAAUUACCAUUUAAUAAUGAAAAUAACAAUAACUAUUAUUA